AUGCCACCAGCACAGCUUUCACUCGCAAACGUCAGCACCGUGCUCCAGUCGUAUGAAGGUCGUGACAAGACUGCUCGCUUCUUGCAGUUUGCAGCCCGCUUCGUUGUUGGGCUGACAGCUCGCGCGAAGGCCGGCACGAUCUGUAAAUAUCGGGAAGAAGCUCGAAAAGUCCUGGCAGCAAUGACCAGUGCCAGGCGAACCUUCCGCCUGGGCAGAGAGCUGCCUGUGCUCCUCUCGAUGACCAUGACAAAUGAGACGGAGCUUGCAGAUCGACUGCUGGAACUCGCGCAGAAGGCAGCUCUUGUGGUGUAUUUUGUGGUGGACCAUGUGGGAUGGCUGAAGCAGGUGCACCGUGGUGUGAAGAGUGGGUCAAAGACAAUCCAACUUGGACUCAAGUGGCUGGCAAUUUCGAGUUUCAUCUCUGUGGUGGCUGGGCUGCGCAAUGCAUGCAAGGAUCAGAGUCAUCCUGACGCAAGCAGCGGGGACAACCGAAAGGCGCAGGCCUGGAACAUCAUCAGAGACAGCCUCGUGGCGGUUCAGGCGCUUCACCUCUCACGCUGGAUGGAAAUUGGUGAUGCCACAGUCGGAGUGCUCGGAAUGGCUAGCAGCAUCAUGGAUGUCGUGCGAGUUUGGCCUGAGAAACCUCCAAAGGCCGCAUUGACAGAAGUUGAUCGCAUGAAGCGGCCCGGCAGCUCGGAGUGGCGUUCUGGGCAAGCAGCCCAAGCCUGCCGCCUACGCAAUACUCGGGUUGCACCAGCAGCAUAG